AGAUCCCCCUACAUACACAUACUGAUAUCCAAUGCCCCUUUCAAACAGAAGAGCAAGCUAGCACUAGGAAUGAUGGUAGUGGUGGAAACUACAGUAGUUCACCUAUACAGAGUCUUCUAGCAUGUGCUUCCAAUGUCACCAUGACAUCAAUUUCAAAGCAUCAGGAAAAUUUUCACACGCACUGUAUGCAGGGGGUAGUCGCAAUUCUAGACCCCCUAUUGAUGCCGACUACCAUCGGCAAUACAAUACUGAAAAAUAUUCUCGAUGUACACACACAAAAGCCUGAAAAAGAAAUAAAGAAGAAGAAGAAGAUGGAAAUAUUGGAAGGUCGGAGGCGGUUACCAAAUAAUCAUGUCAGCAAUGAACUAGCCCCAAUACUUUAAAGAUUUUGUGUAGUUUGCAAUAAAUUUUCUUCGAGGUAGUUUCCUGUCUACCAUUAUCGUAGAUUAUACAUAUGCAUAUGGUUGAGCCAGAUUUAAAGACAAAAGUUGGCAAAUUAAUAUUUUAUCUAGAACUAGUAUAUGUAGUUAUAAUUAAUCACACGAUACCAGAAGUCAUUGUCAAAGAAACUUCAGUUUCGAAGCACAAGCUUAUUUUAAUAAUUGAAAUUAAAGGAUUUAGAAAUAAUACCGAGGAAGAAAUUAUGCGAUACAAUGAAACUGGGAUGUGAUCUACAAUUAUAUUUUUAUGCUUAUACCAGGGCUUGCUCAUAGAAGUGGGAGAGAUGCGUGGAAACUGUUAUUCUUCAAUUCCGCUCGAGAUAUCCGAAAACAAUAACUUAUCAUAAUAAAUUAACUCUGUAGAACAACU